CAUAGCCAUGGCCUUUGACAGAUAUGUGGCCAUUUGUAAGCCUCUCCACUACCUGACCAUCAUGAGCCCACAAAUGUGAAUCUUCUUUUUAGUGUCAGCAUGGAUGAUUGGCCUUAUCCACUCUGUGAUUCAGUUGGCUUUUGUAGUAAAAUUACCCUUCUGUGGCCCCAAUGUGUUGGACAGCUUUUACUGUGACCUUCCUCAGCUCAUCGAACUGGCCUGCACAGACACCUACCGGCUGGAGUUCAUGGUCACGGCCAACAGUGGAUUCAUCUCUGUGGGCUCCUUCUUCAUACUGAUCAUUUCCUAUAUCGUCAUCAUUGUCACUGUUCAGAAACACUCUUCAGCUGGUUCAUCCAAGGCUGUGUACACACUUUCAGCUCAUAUCACUGUGGUGGUUUUGUUCUUUGGUCCUUUGAUAUUCUUCUAUAUGUGGCCGUCUUCAUCUACACACCUGGAUAAGUUUCUGGCCAUCUUUGAUGGAGUCCUCACCCCUUUCCUGAAUCCUGUCAUUUACACAUUCAGGAAUCAAGAUAUGAAGGUGGCAAUGUGGAGAGUAUGCAGACAGCUAGUGCGUUACAUGAAGAUCUCUUAAGUGAUUGUAUUGUGAGGAGUCCUCAUUGACUACUGAAGCUGCAUUGUUGAUGGUCAGACUCGCAGAGAAGCUUCUCUUUGCCCUAUAUUGGGGUGAUUAUUUUGAUACCGCUAUUAUUGUGUCUUUUGCUUCUUUCACUUAAGAGCAAGUGACAUUUUCUUCUGAAAAGAGAGAAAGAGUUACAUAUAAAGUAUUUAUAAACCAAAGUUCGCAGUAAUUCUGUGCCUUGAUUCUAAGGUAUAAUAAUACUUAGAAGAAGUAAUUAAUAGAAAUACCCAAUAGAGGGGGCUUCUUUAAGGCCUUUAGAACAGGGAGACCUCUCCCUCUUUCUUUCUUUUUUUAAACAGUAAUCUGUCUCACAGACAGAAAUUCCUGGCAGUACUUAAUGAAGAAUUUGCUAAUAGAGGAUUGAACUGAGUCUUUUAACUGUUAUCUGCUGCUUGCCUUACACCGUCUUUGGGUCUCUGCCAGGGCAGUGCAAAGAGGGCAGAACUUUUAAGAGCUCACACAUAGGAGUCCAAUGAGUACACACCUGGGUGCCAACUGUGUGGGGUGUUCUUGGAAUACAAAGGAAAAGUAGGAACACUCCCUGGUUUUUCCCCCUGAUCAGCAGUAUGCUACUUAAACCCAUUACAUUUUCCUUUUCCUUUUUCCCCUAUUUUCUCCUCAUCCUUGUUCCUUUACCUUGAGUUAAGAGGCUUUUCUUUCCAUUUCUCUUUCCUCUUUCGGAUUUCCUUACCAUUUUUUCCCAUUCC